UGUGUUUGUAGUUGUCAGAAUGAUAAGUGACAUAAAUCGAUGGCCGAAUACUUAUCGAUGACAUGUGUAACACAGUGAUUGCAUAACAUUUUUGUAGGUUUGUCUCGCUUUAUCAAAUUGCAUCUUGAGCCACUAUUUGUAUAAUUAGAAUUGAAGCAUAUGUAUAUGUACAGACCACGACAGAGUGAAAUGCGAAAUGUGAAUUGAAAUGUUUAUGUUGCACAUUUAUAUAAUUUUGUCAUUUUCACCAGAAAGUAUGCAAAUUACUUUCACCGGAAAUACGCAAGGUGCACGUUCUUAAGAAAUAUGGCGACUCGUUUAUGACGUUACAAAAAUGUUCCUGCAAAAUGUCACGUACCCAAAUAAUUUAAGUAUCAUAAAUCUGAUGUAAUAAUAGGGUCCGAUGUACAUACAGUAAUCGGUACAUAUCAUUGUUUCAUUUGCUAACAAUUUGCGUCAUUAUUUCUAAUGGAAGCAGGUGUAUGCAUAAGUAUACUUGACCUCUCAAAUGAUUCUGCGAGUGCAUACGGUAGUUUGUCCACUAUUAAUGACAUACAAUUCAGUUGUGUCGUGAUGAAUAAAUAAUUGUCAAGUAUUGUUACCGAUAAGAAGUGGUGAUAAGUGAUUUCCAAACCUUUGCCAAAGUGUUCAUACCCGAUAUAAAUACAAGAUGAAAAUAGACACGCAUUUCAUACAUAUGAUAACGAGACAUUCCGUGCGAAUACAACCACGUUCUUCUCAUAAUCAUUUCAAUUGUAAUACAAAAUUUACGAUGGCGGCCUACACCGAUGUAGAUAAAGUGACCUCUGACCUCCUCGUUUCGCGACAAAACCCGCUCAUCUACCCCGAAGCCUUCGCCCACUUUGGUCCAGAUCGCGUCUUUCUCCCAAAAUUUUUCGCUCAGAGUGCAGAAUUAAUUGAGAAUCUACAAGUUCGCGAAGAUGACUUGUGGAUUUGUUCAUUCAUCAAGGCAGGGACAACUUGGACGAAGGAGAUGGCUUGGCUACUACUUCAUGACUUGAACUUUGAAGCGGCUGCAGUACAAUCGUACAUUCGGGUUCCGUAUCUCGAAUUUGACGCCACGUGGCCCGUCGCCCAAAUCAGUAAUAAGUUGAAGGGAGAAGAUGAAAAACCGUCGACAAUGGAGUUGGUCAAAGAUUUGGACUCACCCCGAACGAUCCAGUCCCAUUUGCCUUGGUCGCUGCUUCCACGUCAAAUUCGUGACGGGGAGAAAUCGCCCAAAAUUAUUUACGUGGCGAGAAACCCUAAAGAUCUUUGUGUCAGCUUUUUCCAUCACCGCGUCCUCAUCGAAGGGUACACGGGCUCCCUGGAAGAUUUCGUGGUGGAUGAGUGGACGUCGGAUCUCUCUUUCUACGCCCCGUUUUGGAGCCAUGUAAAAAGUUUUUGGGAACGACGACACGAGCCGAAUAUUCUGUUCAUUACUUUUGAAGAGUUGAAAAAGGACUUGGGGAACGUGAUUGACCGAACGGCAGCAUUUAUAGGGCGACCUAUUUCCCCAAAUGAAAGAGCCGCUUUGCUGGAUCACUUAUCGUUUGAGAGCAUGAAGAAAAAUCCGCACAUCAAUUUGGACGAGAUCACACAGCUUCUCACGCAAGUUCACGGCGUCCCUAGGAAGACGCACUUUAUCCGAAAAGGUCAAGUUGGUGGGUGGAAGGAGGAACUCACCCCUCGCGCGAAUGCAGCUUUGGACGAGUGGAUAAAGAAAAAUCGAAUUCCUGGAUUGUGGGAUAAUAUUUUAUAAAAAAAUUGACUCAUUUGUGAUUUGUCUCUGAAAUAAAUAAAUACUUAAAUUGCAAUA